AUGAGAACGCUUAUACUUGUCUUUCUGUGGCUCACUGCCGUCAGUUCCUAUCCCCGUGGAAUCGAUUGGGACUAUGCUAUAGCGUAUCACCAGCAAGUCCUCCAAGGAGAGAACGAUCGAGGGUUUGGGCUGAACGAGCCAUUCAUCCCGACUCCAUCUCAUAUCCUUCCUGAAAAGAAACCUUUUUACAUUGAUGAAACCGUGCAUUACUACGAGAGACACUUCAAUGGCUCAGGGGAAAACGGGGAAUACCGUCGCUCGUCAUGUCCCGCGGUGAAUGCGCUGGCCAACCGGGGGUAUAUCAAUCGAAGUGGAAGGAACAUCACCUACGCUGAGCUGGCGCAUGCCGUCCGCAAGGUGUGGAAUUUUGGAGAUGAUAACGUUAUUCUCCCACCAGAAGAAUCCCUUGUGCUUCAUUCUACUAAUUCUUUCCCACAGAGCAUGCUAGUGUUGGCGCCGACGUUCGCAAUGCAUGGUUGGCCGGAGACCAUUGAUCUUGAUUAUUUCAAUGCAAGAUAUUGUUCUCGUUUUCUAGAAGAGUAUGAAUUAACGCUCGCACAGGAUGACCUGGUACAGUACGUGAUCAAUUGUCCGGCCGCGCCAACUCGCAACGACCGUGCAGUCGGCGACAAUAUCAACCUCAACAUGACGCUAUUCGAAUCCCUGCUCUCAUUCUCGAAGGACGGUGAGACGUUGUCCUUAGAAGACCUGGCGGAGCACCAUCACCUGCGACACAACCAAAGCAAAGCAGAAAACCCGAAUUUUGUCUUCGGUAAUCAGGGUGCUAUCUGCUCUCUUGCCCAGUACACGAACAUGGUGGGUGUGCUGGGUAAGUUCGGCAAGCACGGCCGAACAACCCUCUUCAUUGACGACGUCAAGACCUUCUAUUUGGACGAGGACAUACCUCGGAACUACGAACGAAGAGAAGCACCAGUAUGUUGCCCCUUCCCCCCGAUGGACUCCAUCCUGUUCGUAGCCGCCACGACUGACCUGUUCAGCACUACUCGCCGGAAUCCAACGCGAUGA